AUCCUCAAAGUCACCAAGGACCUGAAAGCUGCCAUCUCUGCCAUCCUCCAGGGCCAUGGUGAUGGGCAAGGGCCAGUGACAGAUGCCAGUGCUGAGCUGCACAGACUCUGCAGCUGCCUGGAGCUGCUGCUGCAGUUUGACCAGAAAGAGCAGAAGAGCUUCCUGGAGCCUCAGAAAGUUUACUGGGACUACAUCUAUGCCCUGCGGUGGCAGCGGGAUGACAUGGAGCCGGCUGGCUUCAUCCACUCACAGGACAAGAUAUCAGCAGCAUUUGGAGGCUCCAAGGGAGUCCAGCUGCAAGAGUCACACACCCGUCAAGCCGGCUGUCUUCGAGAGGAACCCAGGGAAGAUUGGAUGGCUGGACUCUCUGUUCGCCACUUUUUGGAAAAGAGGAGAGAAGAUUCCAGGAGCUGUGGGUCCCCCCAGAGCAUGUGGGAAGCAGAGGGGGAGGAGCUUCAGCUAGACCAGGAGGAGGGAACCCCAAAGACAGGGAUCCUCCUGCAGAGUUCCUCACCCAGCAGUCAGAGACACAGGGAGGGGGACAAGAGUUCCCAGAAGGAGGCGAUAGGGAUGGAGGCCGAGGGUACAGGGCCUCUGCCAGCUGCAGAGGUGCAGAGAAUAACAGAGGGCACUCAGGAAGGGGAGGCAGGGUGGGGCCAUGUCCAGAGGCUGCUGGCCCCCAGCCCCAGAGGGACGACAGAGAAAGCACCAUCAGGGAGCAGGCAGGAGUGGGGGGUGUCCAGCAUUCUGGGGGAGGCCUGGGUCCUGCAGGGCCUGGGAACAAAGGAAGGCUCCACCACAGAGAAGCCACAAGAGCAAACUGGAGUGACCACUGAGGCCAGGAAGGAGGAGCAAGCAGAGGUGCCCUUGCAGGACGUGGUCAAGGGCCUCAGGCAUGGGCUCCAGAAGGCCGAGGAGCGGGCCCAGCGCCAGGAGCAGCUGCUGAAGGAGCAGGAGGGGCAGCUGCAGGUGCUUCAGGAGCAGCUCAGCAGGUGUCAGGAAGAGAGAGCCCGGCUGCAGGCAGAGCUGGAGCAGAAGCAACAGGAGGCUGAGAGGAGGGACGCCAUGUAUGGGGAGGAGCUUGGAGGGCAGCAGGCCCUGGUCCAGGCCAUGAAGAGGCGGGUGCUGGAACUGAUUCAGUAA